CAGGCCGAGAUGGCGCCAGUGGAGCACGUUGUGGCUGACGCCGGGGCUUUCUUGCGGGACGCUGCUCUGCAGGACAUCGGGAAAAACAUCUACACCAUCCGGGAGGUGAUCAGCGAGAUUCGGGACAAGGCCACGCGCAGGAGGCUCGCCGUCCUGCCCUACGAGCUGCGGUUCAAGGAGCCCUUCCCGGAGUACGUGCGGUUGGUGACUGAGUUUUCAAAGAAAACUGGAGAUUAUCCCAGCCUCUCGGCCACAGAUAUCCAAGUGCUGGCACUCACCUACCAGUUGGAAGCAGAGUUUGUUGGGGUGUCUCACUUAAAAAAAGAACCAGAAAAGGCUAAAGUGAGCUCAUCAAUUCAGCACCCAGAAACUCCUCUACACAUUUCUGGUUUUCAUCUGCCCUCCAAGCCUACACCCCCACAAAAAACGGUAGAUCAUGGACACCCAGCAAGUGAGCCUGAGAACCUAGAAUUCAGUUCCUUUAUGUUCUGGAGAAACCCUCUGCCUAAUAUUGAUUGUGAACUACAGGAGCUGCUGUUUGACAGAGGUAAGGAUGUUCCAAGUGAGGAAGAGGAAGAAAAUGGAUUUGAAGAAAGAAAAGACGAGGACAGUGAUGAUGACGGGGGUGGGUGGAUAACCCCCAGCAACAUCAGGCAGAUCCAGGAGGAGCUGGAGCAGUGUGACGUACCGAAGGAUGUGCGGGUCGGCUGUGUGACCACAGACUUUGCCAUGCAGAACGUUCUGCUGCAGAUGGGGCUGCACGUGCUGGCGGUGAACGGCAUGCUGAUCCGCGAGGCCCGCAACUACAUCUUGCGCUGCCAUGGCUGUUUCAAGACAACAUCUGACAUGAGCCGAGUGUUCUGUUCACAUUGUGGGAACAAGACCCUGAAAAAGGUGUCUGUGACCAUCAGCGGUGACGGCACCCUGCAUAUGCACCUCUCCCGCAACCCCAAGGUGCUGAAUCCACGAGGCCUCCGGUACUCACUUCCCACCCCCAAAGGGGGCAAAUAUGCCAUCAACCCUCACCUGACCGAGGACCAGCGCUUCCCUCAGCUGAGACUCUCCCGAAAGGCCAGGCAGAAAACCAACGUGUUUGCCCCUGACUACAUAGCCGGGAUAUCUCCCUUUGCAGAGAACGACAUCUCCAGCAGGUCGGCCACCCUACAGGUCCGGGACAGUGCCCUGGGAGCUGGGAGGAGACGCUUGAAUCCCAACGCUUCCAGGAAGAAGUUUGUGAAGAAAAGGUGAAGUGCAAGCUGCCGCAGGCAAACCAGCCGGCCUGCUGCUGCUCCUGUUGCUGCGGCUGCCGGGCUCUGCCUUGCCACUGUCCCAGCUGCUUGUCUCCAGAGCCGCCCGGAUGGGAAUAAUAGCCCAGCUUCCCAGUGCUGCCUCGUGACUCACCGAGUGUUUGCUGGUGGAACUGGGCCAUCCCUUGGCUUGUGAGCAUCCAGAGCACUAGGACUCCUGCCAUGUGCAGGGGAAGUUGAUGAAAACAGAAAGAACAGUGCCCUGGAGCAAAUGCCCAACCUCUGAAGAAGAGAAUUUCCAAGUGAUAAUAUUUUCCUAAUGUGGUUGCAAGCUUCCGUGCAUUUUUAUUAAAGAGCCUCAUUUUUGCUGCUUAGGUAAUCUGAAGGCUAACACUUAAGCUGUAUGUAUGCCCAAUAUCAAGCAUUUAGGUUUAUCUUUUUUCCAGAGAAUAUAAUAGGUAUGUUACAAUAAAACUAAGAACUACUAUUUUCUUUUUAUUUUUUUAACCUCUUUUGAAAAAAGUUCCAGUCAACUGUGGUUGGCAUUUGGCCUCAUUUGCUUUCUCUACACAUGCACGCAUGUACAUGCACACACAGUAUGCAUCCUAGGAAAGGGGUGUUCUUUUACAUAGCCACAGUUACAAUGAUCAAAUUCAGGAAGUUUAACAUUGAUGCAUUACUAUUAUCUAAUAUAUAAUAAGUACCGAAAUCACUGCAUGUCAAUUUGUAGAGACCUUCCUUAAUCUUUUUCAGCUGUCAAGACCUCCAUUGUGAAAAGUUACCAACUCAAGCACUUAACCAUACUAUAGGCUCUGUGUCAAGUAUUUAAUCUACAUUAGCCCGUUUAAUCCAUAGAACGUCACUAUCACUGUGGUGUUGUUAUCUCCAGCAGUCCUGGCUACCAGAAGUUGAAUGACUUGCCCAAAGUCACAUAUCUUGUGAGUGGCCAAGCCAAGAUUUCAACUUAGUCUUUUUGUGCUUUUAAGUAGCAAACGUACUAGCAGAGAUUGUAGAAAGCAGGCUGAAUGUUGUACCCUCCUCCUGCCCCUAUCUUUGUGAAACUCAUGUUCUUGAGUGUUAGCUGAUAGGUUGACACCCACUGAGAGCCCAGGGAAUUGGAGGAGAGGUGAGUAGUAGUCGCACCUGCCCUUUCCAUUUCUCGUACUGUUGCAUGGGACAUACAGAAAGGUAGCAGGUGAUGUAACAGACACCCAGCAUUGUCAAGUCUUACCAUCUUGCUUUGUUUGCUUCAAAUUAAUAAAACAUUUCAGAUACCAAG